AUGAUAAAGGACCAUAAAGGAAUUCUACCUUCCCUGUUUAAAAUUGGGAUUAUUUUGGGUGUUUCAGACGAAUGUACAAUAAUGAUUCGUGAGGAUAUUGACAAGAUCGCAGCAUCGACGUGUAUCGUUUUUCUUUCUGGUCUAGUAUUGUUCCAGUCAUGUCAUCGUGCGUCAACGAUCUAUUUUUUCGAGCUACAAACUACCACUGUUAUUUUUGUGGAACCAAUUCCGGCUUUGAUGUUGCCAUUUGCUCUUUCAAUCCUUUUAUGGCUUGUCUACAAAGGAACUAAAAGAAGUGCAGUAUUGGAGCGAGAACGAAAAGCUAUUAUGGACAAACAGAAAGAGAUAGAGGCAGCUUCAUCGCCAACUUCUCGAAAAACGUCAAGGCAAGAAGGUAGAAGAAUUUCGCUCACCGAUGAGCAGACCUCUCGACUGAAAAGGUUGUUGUCGGAUAUCCAAGAACAGGACACGAUUCACAGUCAACAUGGAGCCCUACCAGACAGUCGCGAAUCUCCGAUCGGGGACGGGAAGCAGACUCCAGGGGGAAGCGGUCGUCAAAGCCGACAGGAAGAUCCACAGAAGCUGGACAGUGACCAGCAGGAACGAAAACCGGCCGGUGCCUCACCUCAUAUAAGCACAAGCGAAUCCUCAGGCGAGCAUUCACCGUCCAUAACGACAAGAUCGAGGUUCAGAUGCACGAAAAUCGAGGAACCGAAAGUCAUCCUCCCACCUGGUAAUGACAAUGCGUGGCGUUCUCAAAUGGCUCCCGCACAAAUCAGACCGAUCCUUCGGUCACGAAGCUCAACGGAGACCGAUCGAGAACCCCUUAGGAAGAUUAGCGGGCUUUCUUUCCCUGGUGCUUUGGUAGUAGGUGAAGAUUCAGUGGGUGUAAGUCGAAAGUCUUCGGUUAGCAUCGGCAGACGUAGUUACGCAGGCGCUGAUGAACCGGAAGAGGAAGAUAGUGAAAGGGAAAGGAAUGAAAUUUAUAUGCAAAUUGGCCAGACUAACUUCUUCACAUACUCGUUGAGUGCACUCAAUCUGCUGCCGCAGAAUAGGCCAGGAUUUCCAGAACUGAAAGUGAAUAUCUCAGAUAUUAUGUCCGAACUAUUCUCUGUGCAUUUGCCCGUUUGGGGUUGUGUAGCAGCUUUUUACAUUGUGCUGCUGGAAUUGUUUGGUGUACAUUUUGCGUACUACUUUUAUUACCAUGAAGAAACAAUGGUUUACGCAGCGUUGGCAUUUUCUAUCAUCUUUGGUUUAUUCCACGAAUUUUGCGGUGGUUGGUUCACAAACGACAUCCUAGCCUUUUCUUCCAUAUAUAUUGCAUGCUCUAGAAUACAGGCAGUAAGCUAUCAGGCAGGUGUGAUUUUGCUGGUGGGAAUGGCAAUAUUUGAUAUGUUUUGGCUCUACGUAAUAGACUUGCUGAGCACAGUUACUCGAGACUGCCGUGCACCAUUGAUGAUAAUGAUUCCUAGAGAUCAUCGGGGAAACAAACAGAGCCUUGCAGCAUUAGACAUCAUUGUGCCAGGAAUAUUCCUCAAUGUUGUGCAAAAAUAUAGCUCCAUGUACGACCCAGGGCUAUUCACUGCAACAUACGCUGCUGUGUUUGGUGCUUUAACGCUAACGAUGAUUUUUGCCGUAUGGAGACACAAGAUCACGCCUGCUCUUGUACUGCCAGCAAUUGUUGCAAUAGCAGUUUCUCUGGGACUUAGCACUCAUCGGCACGAUCUUUGGCGAUUUAUGAUUAAAUACAAGAGAAUGAUGCCCCCAAAAAGAGUUUAA